GCGUCAGGUUAUUGAGAUAGAGAAGAAAAAUAAGAAUGCUGCAAAAUAUACUGUUUUCUUUUUUAACCAAUAAUUUACAAUUAAUGGUUAUAGCGUAACCAAUAAUAUUCAUAUUAACGAUAGACGAACAUUUAUAAAAGAAUAUUUUAUUUUUAUUUCCAAUAAUUUUCACAGAAAUAAUUUUACGACAUCAUUUCGGUUUCUUACAUCACAAACGUUCAAGAUGGAGGACGGUGAGAACCAGGCAGAUAUUUGCCGAGUGUGUCGGUCAGAGGGGACCCCUGACAAACCCCUUUACCACCCAUGUGUGUGUACAGGAAGUAUCAAGUUCAUACACCAGGAUUGCCUGGUCCAGUGGUUAAAAUACAGCAAAAAGGAGUACUGUGAACUAUGUAAAUACAGAUUUGCUUUCACACCAAUUUAUUCACCAGACAUGCCAAAACGGUUACCCGUUAAAGAUAUUUUCAGUGGCUUGCUUACUAGUAUUGGUCGAGCAGUUCGGUACUGGUUUCAUUACACAUUAGUGGCGUUUGCAUGGCUUGGAGUUGUUCCACUUACAGCAUGUCGAAUAUACAGAUGUUUAUUCACAGGAUCUGUGAGCUCUUUAUUAACCUUACCUUUGGAUAUGUUAUCCACAGAAAAUAUAGUAUCAGAUUCUUUUCAAGGUUGUUUUGUGGUGACUUGCACAUUGUGUGCGUUUAUUAGUUUAGUUUGGUUGAGAGAACAAAUUCUCCAUGGUGGUGGCCCUGACUGGUUGGAACAUGAAGAUGAAGCGAAUAACCAAGGAAGGAAUUUCUUUGAAGGAGGAGUAAUGAAUAAUUUGAUGGGUAUGGCACCUAUUGGUCGUGGCAUGGUUGGUAAUGCCAAUGCAGAAGGUAAUGGAGCUGCUGCCGGUGCAGGAGAAGGUGGAAAUCUGAAUGAAGAAGGCUUAGCUGGAGCACCGGAAGUGGAAGUCUUUGAUGUAAUUGCAAUGGGCCCCAACAAUGCUGCUCAAGAUGACAAUAAUUGGAAUCCUAUUGAAUGGGAUCGGGCUGCUGAAGAACUUACAUGGGAAAGGUUGUUGGGUUUAGAUGGCUCUCUGGUGUUUCUUGAGCAUGUUUUCUGGGUUGUAUCUCUGAAUACACUUUUCAUCUUGGUGUUUGCAUUUUGUCCAUAUCACAUUGGUCAUUUUACUUUGGUUGGCCUUAAAAUUGAUGAUUUUGUUGUGGCAUCCCAUUUUGAAGGCCUCUUAACUGCCCUCACUGGUUACAUUGUAUUUGCAUUGGGUCUUGUAUCCCUCUACCUUCUUUGUGCUCUGGUGCGCAUCAAAAGAUUCAGGAGGCUUAUUGGACUUUGCUAUGUUGUUGUUAAAGUGAAACUACUUGUUGUAGUGGAGAUUGGAGUGUUCCCAUUAAUUUGUGGCUGGUGGCUCGAUGUGUGUUCUCUGGCAAUGUUUGAUGCAACCUUAAAAGAGAGAAAAAACAGCUUCCAUCUAGCUCCAGGAACAUCAAUGUUUGUUCACUGGCUAGUUGGGAUGGUGUAUGUUUUCUAUUUUGCUUCAUUUAUUUUACUUUUGCGUGAAGUGUUGAGACCUGGGUUGUUGUGGUUUCUCAGGAAUUUGAAUGAUCCGGAAUUUAACCCUAUUCAGGAGAUGAUCCACCUACCUGUCUAUAGGCAUGUCCGUAGAUUUAUUGCCUCCGUUGUUAUAUUUGGAAGUACCGUUCUCUUGAUGCUGUGGCUACCAGUCCGAGUGAUCCGGAAGGUGAUGCCACAGUUCCUACCUUACAAUGCUGUUCUCAACAGCGACGCCGCUAUGAGUGAGCUUUCUCUAGAGCUUCUCCUGUUGCAAGUUGUUUUACCAGCCUUGCUUGAACAGGGUUAUAUUAGGGCCUGGCUGAAAGGGGUAGUCCGUGGAUGGACUGUUGCUAUGGCAUGGCUACUCGAUCUCCGGUCCUAUCUCAUUGGCGACAUUGCUUUGACUGAACAGGAUAACAUUAUAUAUGGAGACCAACCUGGUAAUGGAGGUGUUGGAGCUGGUGUUGGUGCUGCAGCUGGUGGUGGUGGAGGUGGUGCUGCUGCUGCUGAUGGUCAGCACAAUAAUGCAGCAGCACCUGCUGGAAAUGAGCCUGCAGCAGCAGCGGCAGCAGCACCAGAUGUUGCCAAUGAGCCUGCUGCUCAGGCGGCAGGAACAGCAGCAGUGAAUAACGACCCAGCUGACCAGACCAACAACCAAGCAGCUGCUCCUCCUCCUCCCCCUCCCCCACAGCAGCUUCCACCCUUUUUCUCUAUACGGGUAUUCCUCCUUGUUGUCUUUAUGUGUAUCACUUUAUUUAUUGCUAGUUUGAUCUCGUUAGUAGUUCCAGUUUUCAUUGGCCGUAAAAUAAUGGCUAUUUGGAUGGGGGAUGCCAAAGUCCAUGAACUGUACACUGCUGCAUGUGGUCUCUAUAUGUGUUGGUUACUUUUGAGAAUAGCUACUGUACUUUACAACUGGAUUCCACAAGGGACCGCUGUUAUCAUGAAGAAGCUCAAAGAGUGGGCUAUUUUGGCUCUAGAAUCUUUGACCAUUGCUACAUUUUUGCUCGGGGUGAUUCCAUUACUGUUGGGGAUGCUAUUUGAGCUGGUUAUUGUUGUUCCACUAAAAGUUCCAAUUGAUCAGACUCCUCUUUACUUUCCUUGGCAGGAUUGGGCUCUUGGAGUUCUCCAUGCCAAAAUAGUGUGCGCCAUUACAAUGAUGGGUCCUCAUUGGUGGUUAAAACGAGCUAUUGAGCAGGUUUACAAUGAUGGUUUCCGCAAUAUGAAUGUCCGGUUUAUUCUCUUCAAGCUUUGUGCCCCUGUUAUUGCUACUUUAGGAAUGGCUCUGGCUGUUCCUUAUGUUAUUGGAAAAACUAUUGUUCCUGCUCUAGGUUUUAAUCCCACUGUCCAGAAUAUUGUUUUGCGAAGAAUCUACCCGAUGCUACUGGCAAUGAUUGUAAUGACAGUAGCCAGCAUAUUUCAAGCACGCCAGUUCAAAAGACUUUAUGAACACAUAAAAAAUGACAAAUAUUUGGUUGGGCAACGCCUAGUGAAUUACGAGCCAAAGAAGAACUUCACCACUCCCAGUAGUGGGGCUUCACCAUCAAGCAUGACAUAUUUACCAAACCAGCAGCAAGGUCAGCAGCCACUUGUUGAGGGUGAAGCAGCAGCAGCACAACCAGCCAUGCAUGAUCUGGCAGACAUGCCAGCUGAUCUUGCUAUGCCUGGUGGCCCACUCUUGCAGAUUCAUCCAGAGGCGGCUGGCUUACAGCAGCAGCAGCAGCAGCGACAAGUGUGAGCCAAACCCUGGGUGUCUGUGGGUGUGAGUGUUUCGACAGAAGAACGAGGUAAGGUAAACAACUGUUUAAAUGUGAAGAAACGAACUUAAGAAGGAAGUAACAGAAACACAAAAUAAUACAAAACAAAAAAUUAUAUAUAUAUAUAUAUAUAUAAAUAAAAACAGCACAAAAGAAAUGAACAAUGGGGGAAAAAGAAAAAAAAAGAAAAAAAUAUACAAAGAGAAGAGAUAUUAAAAAAAAAAAAAAAGGAAAUAAAGAACACCUUUCAGUGAUGUGUCUGUUGGUUGGAGGGGACCCUUGUUCGUUUUGAACGAGGUCUCACUGUU